AUGUCAUCCACACGUUGCGCAAGGGUUAAUAUCGUAAGAACACGCGUUGCAUGUCAAAACUUCCAACUCAGCUCGAGCAAAAACGACGUCACUUUUCCCCGGUCAUUGAGUGAUGCUAUUGGUUUUCUGCAGGACUGCCUUUAAUGCUAUAGGACGAUAGGAGAACCGCAGCUUCGCUGGGUGAAUGCGAGCAGGGAAACAGCAACAGAAAAGAAGCCAAGCUAUCCAGAAAAGCGGUGGCGUGGUUGACGACUGUAUUAAAAGGAAUGUAGUUUAGUGCCAACCUCUGUCCAAAUAUUAUUCUAUUCAUAAGCAUCCGACACUAGAUUCAUAAUAACCCCCCGUUUCUACUGUGAAGACACGAGGUUUGUAAAAUCAAAAAAAGCGAGGAUGUUGGUCCCCGCGGGAAGAUAAUGAAGCGUUUGCGCGUUUUGGUGUGCCUCAUUGCAGCUCUCCUGUGCUGGUACCCCUCAAGUCAUGUGCUUUGUUCAGAGCAUGGCUCGUCAGGUCCAGGUGUGUUUAGUGGGGGCAGUAGCCCCCCAGAGCGUCAUCACGACCAUGAGCAGAGCCUCGGGACUGAACGCAAGAUGGAGGAGGAGUCGAGGACACACACACACACCUCCUACGACGUGGGUCUGGAGGCGGAGAAAGCUGCACUAGAUGAGCCUAAUACGCACAACACUGAACAGAAUGUGAAUCAACAGGAGCCGGUAGUGGCGGAUGUCUGGUCCCCCCCAGAACGGCACUCAGAUCCUGGAACGCCUGCUGCUGAGCCACACACACACACUGACACAGACCUGCAAACAAACCGUCGCACACACACUCACACGGACUCAGAGCCCGACAUCCAACCCCCACCCCUACAGGACCAGGGACCUCCACUGUCCUCCCCCCCACCAUGGGUUGAUGAACCGGCGGAGGGACAGGCCUCCACAGACCCCAGCCCAGCCCCCGCCCCCUGUGGUGAACCCCUGGCAGACCCCAGCCCAGCCCCUGCCCAGACCUCCAGUGAACCCCUGGCAACCCACAGCACAGCCCCUGCCCAGACCUCCAGUGAACCCCUGGCAACCCCCAGCCCAGCUCUGGCCGAAACCCCCCGUGAACCCUCGGCGGACCGCAGCCCAGCCCCGGCUACAGAAGCCCCCCAACAAACACCUACCUCUGAGCUCCCUGCUGCAGCCCCCGCCAGUUCAAUAGAAGUUGCCAGAUCUGAUCCCGCAGUAGAGGAUCCCCCUGUAAAGGUUGCCAGUGCUGAAGCCGGUUCCUAUUUAGAGGUUGCCAGUGCUGGAUCUAAUUCCUCUCUAGAGGCCAAUGUUUCUGCUGAGCACUCUGACUCUCAGUGCGGGGGGAUUCCCCACAACCUGGCAACCCAAACCCCUCCCUUUGGCAGCCCACCUGCAAGCGGUGUUGGUGACCCCUUAGAAAGCCAGACAGAACCGGGUCAGGUCCAGGCUACUCCAGGCUCUUAUGCUGACGUCCAGGAGCCGGACCUAGGUCAGCCGGAGUUGGACCAGGGAGGAGACACCUCCCACAGGCACCAAGACAUGGACCAAGAAGCACAGGUGGAGGGUCAGGCAGUGGAUUCCGGCGGUCGGGAGACAGACCCCUCAGUGCCCAGUAAAGAGGACAUCCCGACCUUUGACGAGUGGAAGAAACAAGUCAUGGAGGUGGAAAAAGAGAAGACUCUGUCGCUCCACACCUCCACCAGCGGCAGCCAACCUGUGAAGAAGGUGCAGAAAAACUUCAAAAACAACUACGCUUCCGUGGAGUGUGGAGCCAAGAUACUGUCAGCUAACACAGAGGCCAAGAGUACCUCAGCCAUCCUGAUGGAGAACAUGGACCUUUACAUGCUGAACCCUUGUAGUAACAAGAUCUGGUUUGUGAUAGAGCUGUGUGAGCCUAUUCAGGUGAAACAAUUGGACGUCGCUAACUUUGAACUUUUCUCCUCAACACCUAAGGACUUCCUGGUCUCAAUCAGUGACAGAUAUCCCACCAACAAGUGGGUAAAGUUGGGAACGUUUCAUGCCCGUGACGAGCGCACUGUCCAGAGCUUCCCAUUGGACGAACAACUCUACGCCAAAUACGUCAAGAUGUUCAUCAAGUACAUAAAGGUGGAGCUCAUCUCCCACUUUGGAUCAGAACACUUCUGUCCACUUAGCCUCAUCAGGGUUUUUGGCACCAGUAUGGUGGAGGAGUAUGAGGAGAUUGCAGAUUCCCAGUACCCAUCAGAGAGACUGGAGUACCUGGAGGAGGACUAUGAUUAUCCCCCAGGAUACCUGCCCUCUGAAGACAAGGGGUCUAAAAACCUGCUGGGGUCUGCCACGAAUGCUAUUCUCAACAUGGUCAACAACAUAGCAGCCAACGUUCUGGGAGGCAAGCCCGAGGGAGGGUCACAAAUAGAAGCUAACGCAUCAUCACAGUCCCAGAACGAGACCGAAGGCAACAAGGAGGUGCUGCUGACCCCAACCCCAACCACCCCUCCUCAAGUGGUGGAGACCGUGGACCCAGACCGCCCCGCUCCCCAGGAUGUCCAAGAGAUCCCCAGCUCCCCCUCGACCUCCCCCGGGCCGUCCCUCUCAGAGGAUAUCCAGAUUGUGACUCUGGUGGAAGAUGAGGAAGAGGAGCCCCCGCUGUCCACUGUCACUCUGAUGGAGGAAGAGGGGGAUGAUGAAGCGGGAGAGCAGGAGGAGCAGUGGGUGAGGGAGAGCCAGCUGUACUGCCCCCUGCCCUCCUCUGUCCCUCCCCUCUCCCCCUUCUCCUGCGUGGCCACCCUGCCGGAGCUGCUGCGGCGCUGGUGUAACGCCCGGCUCGCCCGGGAGAGACAGAAUGGCCUCCGCAAGAGGAGGAAAGGCUCCCCUGCUGAAACCCCCGAGGACACCCCCCUCAACAUACAGGUCCCCGUCCCUGACCACACCCAGGACGCUCCCCCAAGCACGGACACAGACGCUGAUACCGAGCCAUCGCUCCAGUCCCAAAACGAGGAAGUACCCUCCACAAACCAGCACCAUUACACCCAACCCACAGACAAUCCUACCCUGGAACCCGUCAUCGUGCUGGAGCCCAGCCAGACCUCCACCCUGCCCACAGACAGCUUCUCACACACCUCCCUGUCCAAGCCCACCCCCACCCAGGAGGAAACUCCUCCGGCCUCCAGCCUAGAUGACCCCGCUGCAGCCCUGCAGGGCGCCCCCGUCCAGGAGACCCAGCAGGCAAGCACCCUUACCCCCACCCCUCCGCCUCACCCCUCGGCCUCCGAGACAGCCUCCCUGGACGCCCCUCAACCCCUCCUGAAGGAGCAGCCUCUGCCUACCGCCUCCAGACCAGCAGACAUCCCCCCUCCCACCGAGCACCCGGUCCCCCAGCCGGACACCCACACUGAGCCACACACCGCCAGGGCUGGGCCAGACAGCGGAGACCUCCAGGGCCAGGGGGAGCUCGGCGAGUCCUCACCCCAGCCAACAGAGCACCUACGUGGGGACGAGUCCGUGGAGGACCUGCUUCUCAGCAUCCCGGUGAACGCUAAUGGACAGUUACACCGAACGGCAACAGACUUCUAUGCUGAGCUGCAGAGUGCGGGGGAGUACGUGGGAGGGAACGGAGGGCUGAACAUCCACAGCUCCAGUCAGAAGGAGAGUGUGUUCAUGAGGUUGAACAACCGCAUCAAAGCACUGGAGAUGAACAUGUCACUCAGUAGCAGAUACCUGGAGGAACUCAGCCAAAGGUAUCGUAAGCAGAUGGAGGAGAUGCAGAGAGCUUUCAACAAAACCAUCAUCAAGCUACAGAACACGUCCCGCAUCGCUGAGGAGCAGGACCAGAGGCAGACAGAGUCCAUCCAGAUGUUGCAAGGCCAGCUGGAGAACAUAACCAAGCUGAUGAUCAACCUCACCGUGACAGUCUCCCAGUUACAGAGAGAGGUCUCUGACCGACAGAGUUACCUGGUGGUAUCAUUGUUCCUGUGUCUCUGUCUGGGCCUGCUGCUCUGUCUGCAGUGCUGCAAGACCUCUACCACACACCCCAUCACACACACCACAGCCAACCACUAUCCCAGCCCCAAGAGGUGCUUCUCCUCCUAUGAUGACAUGAGUCUGAAGCGGAGGGUAGCGUGUCCUCUGGUACGCUCCAAGUCCUUCACGUUUCCUACGUCAGAAGUAGGCCCCGAUGACCUUUACAUUGUUGAACCUUUAAGGUUCUCGCCAGAGAAAAAGAAGAAACGAUGUAAACUGAAGACAACCCUGUCUGCUCCCUCUUCUCCUUUGGCUAACGGGGGACUCAAAUGCAAUGGCCUCCCCCACCACCCGCUUCUCCCUUCUCCCCCACCAGCUCCGCUCGUAGAAGACGCCUCCUGUAAGGAGUUCCGUUUCCCGUCAGAGAGCAGCAGCAGCUGCAGCUCCUCCACACAUUCGGAGGAGUCCUACAUCAGUCGAGGCCUCCCCCUCUCCUCUGCCCCAGUCCUGUGUAACGGCCAUGCCCCCCUCCACUCUAAGAGGUCCGUGAAACGCAGACGGUCUCGUCAGGCGGAGUUGCAGUUCUCCUCCAGACAGGUAGUUGGCGCUGCUGUGAACUCUCUGCCCAGCCUUCAGCAGCUGAUCAAGGGAAGCAAGGAAAUCCACGUGGGGACCAUAGGAGCCACAGUCACCACAGGAGACAUCUGAUCUCUCUCUCUCUCUCUCUCUCACACACACACACAAACACACACACACACACACACACACACGCACACUCACUCACUCACAUACCCUGGAAGCAGAUCUUCUUAGGGAAGUGUGAAUGUGUGUGGUCUCCCCCCAAAAUGACCACAUUUUCUGACCACAUCUCCCAUGAGCACCUGGGCCGACAGGAGCUUGGAUGCCAUGGCACUUACCCCCUCCCCUCCCCACCAGUCAGAGACCUCUCCACGGUCAUGUGCCUUUCUGUCUAAAGCUUUCACUGAUGGAGACAAAAAAAUAUGUUUUUUGGGGGGAGCGCGUCAUGUUGGGGAACAUUGGAAGAAAAACAAAGACAUUGAAACAUGAGCUGUUUCUACUGGACAAGCACAUUGCUCCAUCAGAUCUGGGCAUCAGGGCCUUGCUCUUAAUUCCUCUACCCAGAGAAGAAAGGGGCUAGCCGGGUAGAGUUCCUGCCUGAGUCCCCUGCCUCUCCUGGGGCCUGUGAAAGUACAGUGUGAAUCUGUAAAGAUGACGUAUGGCAGUAAGAGAACUGUGCAGCUGGACUAGCUACUUCUCCUGUCUUCCAUUUCCACGUUAUGUUCAUUUUGUGUAUUGAGUUCAUUGGGACCAGGGUAUCGUUAACCCUUCGCGCACCCCACCUCUGUCUCUCUUUCAGGCAGUCUUUAAACCACACUACCAGCAGAGCUGAAUGAAGAUACACACCCUGUUAAUGAGUGAAUGGGUUGGUGUGAGUGUCAUGUGUCUUUCUGUCUCUAGCCCUUGUUUAUCUAGGUGUGAUACAAAGAAGAAGCUCUAACUAGUUUACAUAGGCGCUUAUCUCUCUCCAGCAGGACCGCCAGAAGGAACAUGGGCCGGGCCCUAAAAAAGAAAUGCGCACGCAGCCAGCUAAGAGAAAAGGGAUUUGUACUGUAUAGGCUGGUUGUUUUUGCACAUUGUGGCUUGUGGACUCUGCAGCCAGAACCCAGCCCAAGUUAUUCAUUAUUUAAAUAUUUAUCUGUACUAUGAGCCAUGCUGAAUUUAUUCUAGUUAUUGGGAAGAGUUGAGUCUGAAGACGUUCCAGUGUGUUGAUGGUUAAAGCUUACCUACAGGUAUUGACCGGGGAUGUCUGGAGCUUACUUAUCUCUGGCAGCACUUCCCCUGAGCUGCUGUAGAGGGUGCUGUGACGCCAGAUUUAUUUAUUUAUUUAUGUCCUGGCAUGACAGCAGCCUCCACUUAGUGUAGCACAGAUGCCCACACACACUAAGAAUAAUAUGGAUGCUGUUAGAACACAGACACUAAAGGUACAUAUAGCAUGGGUUUAUGUUGUUGUCCAGGUGUACAUUUUGACCAAUAUUUGUUAGGGGCUUUGGCAGAGCUAUACGGACAACAAGGAGUCUACCUUAGAUGAUUCUGUUGUUUUUAGAGGGGGCUGGAUCAUAGUGUUUGUGGAGUAACCUCUCUUGUCACACACACACAAUAGACCUCUAGUAGGAGGCAGAAGCUGUUACUAUUAACAUUCCCUGUUAGAACUGUUAGGUUCAUGUGAAAGUGAAUAAGGUCACAAAAAUCACUCCAACUAAAUUGUGAGGCUUCUAAAUCUGCUGUUGUUCGUUGUUAACAACCCUUAGCAAGAUGACAAGAGAGUAUGUUGAUGACGAGAGUAAGUCUUGAACACUGUACAUGUCUCUGCAAGGGUGUGUUUGGCAUGGCAUCAAGCAAAAUGUAUUGAUUUUGUUUUGAAUGAUACACGGCAGAUGUCCAAAAUUCCUGAUUUUCUAAAUCAUUUUUAUCAGGACAAAUCAUAAGUGUGUGUGACUGUGUGAGAGAGAGAGACUGUGUGUGUGUGUGUACAUCUGUCACGUUAGUAUGUCUGUGGGUGGGAAAUGAUGGCUUCUGAACCUGGUUGUGUUGGUAGUCAACUGACUGAGGAAGAGACAAGGUCUACUGUAAUAACCCCCCCCCCACAUUCAUACACACAGACCCCCCUUUACAACAUUAUUACCUCUCUACCACACCCCAAGUCUCCUACUCCCUAAACAGAUUUCCACACGCUGACCUCUAACCCCUUCAAAUAGUUCAGACAGUUUAAACACACCUGUUUAAGUUGAAUCACUGCUGUUUCUAUUAACAAGAAUCGCACUUUUAACAAGCCACUUCUGCUGUCCUUCAUUCAUCCGACCUUAUGGUUUUCAGAAGUCUGACACAAACAUUCAUUUCAUAAAAGGGAAUGAUGUGAUAAGUUUGGAAUGCACCCUGUUUUUUCCAUUCCCAGCAAAUCAUGACUCUUUCAUUUUUCUAACUUUUUUUGAAUGUGAAUGAUAUUAAACUUGUAUGUGACUGUAUGCAUGCAUGCAAGAGUGUAUUUGUUGUUCUCGUGGGUGUGGGAGAGACUCCAAAGCCCUUUAGUUUGGCGUGGUUGGUCCUUGGUGAUUGGUCUCCAGGGCUCAGGGUGCACUUUAUUAUUUCUACCUUCAUGCCUUUUUGUUUUUCUAUGCUAAACCUUGUCUUGUCUGUUGCUUUCUUUCCAUGCUUCUUUUUCUCCAUUUCUUCCUCCUCUCUGUGUCUGAGUCCUCUUAGGAAGAGCUGCACAGUGUUGUGGAACCAGAGCAAGAGUGUAACUACAAAAGAUGUAGUGCCAUUAGAAACUGUGAAUUUCUAAAUAAACAUUGUGUUGUCUUUCACUCAACUCCACUGUAUUUGUUCAUGUGACGUGGUUUCAAUUAAAGAUGUCUUUUUUUCAGG